UGUGAAUGUUGUCUAGCGAUAUGUUUUCAUGUCAAUUUUCGUAAUUCACUGGUUUCAGAUGAAUGUUAUUAUCCCUGAUUAACUCAGUGGAAGUCUUCAUUCGGAGUGUUUUGUGAUUGUAAAUACGCAGCAAACAGGUUUAUCUGAGUUAAAGCAGGGACACGCCGCAAAGCUAGGCAACUGUCGUUAGUAGUGAAAUGUUGUAUUUAAUCGGUCUUGGUUUGGGUGAUGCCAAAGACAUCACUGUAAAGGGUUUAGAAAUUGUUAAACGAUGCAGUCGUGUUUACCUCGAAGCAUAUACCUCCAUACUAACUGUUGGGAAAGAUGCAUUGGAGGAGUACUAUGGGAGAGAGCUGGUGCUGGCAGACCGGGACAUGGUGGAACAGGAGGCCGACGAGAUACUGAAAGGGGCGGACGUCAGUGACGUCGCUUUCCUGGUGGUGGGAGAUCCCUUCGGAGCCACAACCCACAGUGACCUGGUCCUCAGAGCGGUGAAUGCUGGGAUACAAUACAGAGUCAUCCAUAAUGCCUCCAUCAUGAACGCGGUGGGGUGCUGUGGACUACAGUUGUACAACUUUGGAGAGACGGUGUCCAUCGUCUUCUGGACAGACACAUGGAAACCAGAGAGCUUUUAUGAUAAAAUCAAGAGAAACAGAGCUAUGGGGAUGCACACACUGUGUCUGUUGGAUAUCAAAGUCAAAGAGCAGUCCAUGGAGAAUUUAAUGAGAGGCCGUAAGAUUUAUGAGCCUCCCAGAUAUAUGAGCGUGGCUCAGGCCGCCGAGCAACUCCUGGAGAUAGUGCAGAACCGGCGGGAACAGGGGGAGGAACUAGCGAUGACGGAGGACACAGUGUGCGUAGGGCUGGCCCGCGUGGGGGCUGACGACCAGACCAUUCGAGCGGGAACGAUGCGGGAGCUGGCAUCCUGUGACCUGGGCGGCCCACUGCACUCCAUGAUCAUCACCGGGCACCUUCACCCGCUGGAGGUGGACAUGCUCGGACUGUUUGCCGGGCCCGACGGACUGAAUGGUCUAAAGAUGACCGACAGCUCCACGUAUAUUUCCUGAGACUAUGAUCAGACUCAAAGAAAUCACAUUAGCCAUUUUCCAUUUUUAAUGUCCAGACGGAUGAGUGCAGGACCCAGAAUCUCUGAGAAGACAGUGGAUUAGCCAUAUCAUGAAUAAUGUCCCCCAUAUGACAAAAUUUCAAAGGUUAAGGGGACUUACGUCAAUUACUUAAUUGUUAUUACGGAUCAAGUGAAGUAGGAUUAAUUACCCCAAAAGGCCUCAACAGGCAAAGGUUAAAUUUCAUUUACAGACUUAGUUGAAGCCAUGUAAUCAGGUUAAGGCUUACCAGUUAUGUAUAGUGUCUGUCAGGGAGUGUAAUUAUAACCGUACAGAAGGAAAUGAAAAAGGCCAUAGAGGAAAAUGGCAUCUGGAUCGGAUUAAGGUCUUCUUUAAGUCAUUUUAUGCCAGGCAGUUUAACAUAUUAUGUCUGAAUGGUAUAGGAAGAUCCAUUCAUACAAGUCAAAUCAGCAGUGAUGACAUAAAUUUGAGUGAGUGGGUAACAUUUUCCUGUCAUCUUGAGCGAGGUAUGCUGUCUGCAGGACGAGGAGAGAGCUAAUCUUCACAAUCUUGGAUACUUUAUAUCAUUGCUGUUGGUUUCUUGCUGUUUCAGUCCAACUUUUGGGAUUGGGUUUUCUGUGUACUUCUGUGGCUUUCCUUGGCUUUCCUCCUUGCUUCACUGUUGUCAUGAUAGAAAACUUUUUUUCUGAAGGAGCAUGUUAACAGUGGAGAUGCCAUAAACUGUUUCACUCAUUUUUUUUUUUUGCACCCUUUUCUCUUAAAUCUCUACAGAGACCACAUAGAAAACACAUCUGAUGUUGAAGGAUUUUAUUAACAAUUUUUUUUUCACAUUUGCUUUCUCCGCAAACCAAUGCAGGCCUUAAUUUUUUUCCCCCUCAUUGCAUCAGUAUGUCUGACCAAGGUCCAACUCUUUAAGUAGUGACCCCAUUUUUGUUU